AAAAGUAAAAGUACCGCACAAACCGCUCAUCUCUCUCUUUUCCUUUUCAUUAUAAUCUCCUCUUUUACUCUUUUUCUCCCACAAAAAUCACACUCAAUUCCUCUCCCUAUAAUGGAUUUCCAUUCUAUUCUCAAAUAUCUCCUCCUCUUCUAUUUCAUCUCCUCCGCCGCAUCGGAGUUUCAGACCCUAACUCUCCGCUCUCUUCCAACCCCCUCUCCCCUUCCCCUCUUCCCUGACUCCGAAUCCCUCCAAUCCUCCCCCGCCGCCGCCCUCACGCUUGAUCUCCACCAUCUGGACUCACUCUCUCUCAAUAAAACCCCCACCGAUCUCUUCAAUCUCAGACUUCACCGCGACGCCCUCCGCGUCCACGCUCUCACCUCACGCGCCGCCCCUGGCUUCAGCAGCUCCGUCAUCUCCGGUCUCGCCCAAGGCAGUGGCGAAUACUUCACCCGCCUUGGCGUUGGAACCCCUCCUAGAUACCUUUACAUGGUCCUCGACACCGGCAGCGACGUCGUUUGGCUCCAAUGCUCCCCUUGUCGCAAAUGCUAUUCCCAAUCUGACCCCAUUUUCAACCCAUAUAAAUCCAAAUCCUUCGCCGGAAUCCCCUGUUCCUCCCCUCUCUGCCGCCGUCUCGAUUCCUCCGGCUGCAGCACCCGCCGCCACACCUGCCUCUACCAAGUCUCUUACGGCGACGGCUCCUUCACCACCGGCGAUUUCGCCACCGAAACCCUCACGUUUCGCGGCAAUAAAAUCGCUAAAGUCGCCCUCGGCUGCGGCCACCAUAACGAGGGUUUGUUCGUCGGAGCCGCCGGUUUGUUGGGUCUCGGUAGAGGCCGGUUGUCUUUCCCUUCACAAACUGGAAUCCGGUUCAAUCGUAAAUUCUCUUACUGUUUGGUAGACCGGUCCGCUUCAUCUAAACCGUCCUCCAUGGUUUUCGGCGAUGCGGCAAUUUCCCGACUCGCCCGGUUCACUCCUUUAAUUAGGAACCCGAAAUUAGACACGUUCUAUUACGUUGAACUUAUCGGAAUCAGCGUCGGUGGAGUCCGAGUUCGUGGCGUUUACCCUUCUCUCUUCAAGCUCGAUUCCGCCGGCAACGGCGGUGUCAUCAUCGAUUCCGGUACGUCCGUGACCCGUCUGACUCGGCCAGCUUACACGGCUCUUCGCGACGCGUUUCGUGCCGGAGCCAGACAUUUGAAAAGAGGGCCGGAGUUUUCAUUGUUUGAUACGUGUUACGACUUGUCGGGUCAGUCGUCGGUGAAGGUGCCGACAGUGGUGUUGCAUUUUCGGGGAGCCGACAUGCCGUUACCGGCGACGAAUUAUUUGAUUCCGGUGGACGAGAAUGGGAGUUUUUGCUUUGCGUUUGCGGGUACUAUUUCGGGUUUGUCGAUUAUUGGGAACAUUCAACAGCAAGGAUUUCGGGUUGUGUACGAUUUGGCGGGUUCUCGGAUCGGGUUUGCUCCACGUGGGUGCACGUGAUCUCUGACCAUGAGAUGAGAUUUGUGACAUUUGUCUUUUAAUUAAUACUCUUUUAAUAGGGACAGAAAGAAGAGGUAUAAUAAUAAAAAAAUAUAAAAAGAAAAAAAGGGAAAAUUAAAUAGGAAAAAUUAGUAAUUUUCGUGAUGAAGUUUAUUUUGGUAAGGGUUGAUUUUGGUAUGUAUUGUAUUUAUUAUUAUCCCUUUUAAAGCCAUUAAAGCCUCAAACUUAGAGGUGAUUUUGUUUGUUUUGAAGUUAAAUGAUUUGGACA